GCGACCGGUAAAGCUUCGCGCUUUGCGCCGCGCCCCUCACCGCCGGAGCGUGGCUCGGGGCGUGGCGCUUACGUAAACACGCGUGGUACUCGCGCUGCGGCGGCCACGCCACUGUCCGUCCUAGAACGACCCCAUGUCGGCCCGCCGCCUUCGAAAUAUAUGUGCAUAGCUCACAGCACGCUGCCGCGCCGCCGCCGCUGCCACUGCCACCGCCGCUUACCGCGCUUAUAGCAUCAAAGAAGAAGAUGCAUGCGCGCACAGCGCUGAUGGCGCUGGCGGCGCUAGGCGCAUUAGCGGCGACGGGAGCGGCGGCGGAGCGUGGCGGUGGCAUCAAAGUGGGUAGCAGCGCGACAGGUGCCGGUGGCCGAGAAGGCGCACGUGGAGGUGGCGUGCGUCUUGGCGUUGAUGGACUGAGGCGCCCGCGAACUUCACCAGCACCUCAGGCCCCUCGAGCACCAUCUGUAAUCACUGCCGCCCUUGUCGUGCCCCACAAAGCCUUUGGUGCACGCGACUAUACUAGAGCUGAGAAGGCGGCUCUAUCCAAACUGCCGCGAAAACUCAAACUUUUUUCACAUGUGCGCCUAAACGUUACGCUUUCUAUGCAGGGCCUUACGCCUAGUCCUAUGUCUAUCUUGGACUCGCUGUGUAAGGAAUUUUUAGCAGUGAACGUGUCUGCAAUACUAUAUCUUAUGAAUCAUGAACAAUAUGGGCGUUCCACUGCCUCUGCGCAAUAUUUUCUUCAACUGGCCGGAUACCUUGGCAUACCGGUUAUUGCAUGGAAUGCUGAUAACAGCGGUCUUGAGAAACAUGCCUCUCAUGCAUCUUUACGGCUUCAAUUGGCGCCAACGAUUGAGCAUCAGACGGCAGCCAUGCUCUCUAUACUCGAGAGAUACAAGUGGCAUCAAUUUAGCGUCGUCACAUCAGCUAUUGCUGGGCAUGAUGAUUUCAUACAAGCUGUCAGAGAGAGAGUUACAGCACUUCAAGACCGAUUUAAAUUUACAAUACUCAAUGCGGUUGUAGUAAAAAAAAAGAAAGCAGCUGUUUUGAACGAAUUGGUAACGAGUGAAGCGCGCGUAAUGCUAUUGUAUGCUACACAAGAAGAAGCUGCUGAUAUAUUGUCAUCAGCUGGAGACCUUCAUCUGACUGGAGAAAAUUUUGUUUGGAUCGUUACACAGAGUGUUCUUGGUUCGAUGCAACAACCAAAUAAAUUUCCAGUUGGAAUGCUAGGUGUUCAUUUUGAUACAUCGAGUUCCUCCAUUAUCGCUGAGAUAGCGACAGCAGUUAAAGUAUUUGCCUACGGUGUGGAGUCAUAUGUCUCUGAACCGGAAAAUAUUCGAUAUCCUCUCGGUACUAGACUUUCUUGUAGCGGAGUGGGUACCGGAGAGGCGAGAUGGUCCACCGGGGAAAGGUUUUAUCGACAUUUGCGAAACGUCAGUGUGGAAGGCGAAUCGAGCAAGCCAAGCAUAGAAUUCACUCCAGAUGGAGAACUUCGAGCGGUCGAACUGAAAAUAAUGAACUUAAGACCUACAUUAGGUGAUCAGCUUGUAUGGGAAGAAAUUGGGACGUGGAACUCUUAUCCCAAAGAAAGAUUAGUAAUAAAGGAUAUAGUUUGGCCAGGUGGGCUUCAUACCCCUCCUCAAGGAGUUCCAGAAAAAUUUCAUAUGCGUAUAACUUUUCUCGAAGAACCUCCAUACAUUAACCUCGCUCCGCCUGAUCCGGUUAGUGGGCGCUGCUCAUUGGACCGAGGUGUAAUUUGUCGCGUAGCACCUGACGUCGAAGUUGCUGGAUUAGAAGCGGGUACAGCGCACAGAAAUAGUUCACUGUAUCAAUGCUGUAGCGGAUUUUGUAUCGAUCUAUUACAACAACUAGCUGAACAACUUGGAUUUACAUACGAAUUAGUUCGCGUCGAAGAUGGCCGAUGGGGAACAUUACAUCACGGCAAGUGGAAUGGUCUUAUAUCGGAACUUGUAAACAAAAAAACUGAUAUGGUAUUAACAUCACUUAUAAUAAAUUCAGACCGUGAAGCUGUAGUGGAUUUUAGUGUACCUUUUAUGGAAACGGGAGUUGCUAUAGUGGUUGCAAAACGUACAGGCAUAAUAUCGCCAACCGCUUUCCUGGAGCCCUUCGACACAGCAUCGUGGAUGUUAGUCGGAGCAGUUGCAAUACAAGCAGCAACAUUUUCAAUAUUCUUUUUCGAAUGGCUCUCUCCAAGUGGUUUCGAUUGCUCCACCGGACUUAAUUCAAAACGGAUACCUCAAAACAGAUUUUCGCUAUGUCGAACAUACUGGAUCGUAUGGGCAGUGUUAUUUCAGGCAUCGGUCCACGUGGACUCGCCACGCGGCUUCACAGCUCGCUUUAUGACAAACAUGUGGGCGAUGUUCGCGGUUGUGUUUCUCGCGAUAUACACUGCGAACCUGGCCGCGUUCAUGAUCACACGGGAGGAGUUUCACGAGUUGAGCGGGCUCGACGACCCUCGCAUCGCGCGUCCACUGUCGCAGAGACCCGCCCUCAAGUUCGGCACCGUACCGUGGUCGCACACAGACGCCACUCUUGCCAAGUACUUCCCCGAGCCACAUGCAUACAUGGCCUCAUAUAAUCGCAGCACAGUGAGUGCGGGCGUAACGGGUGUUCUUACCGGAGAACUGGAUGCAUUUAUAUACGAUGGUACUGUUUUGGACUACCUAGUAUCACAAGAUGAGGACUGCCGGUUGUUAACAGUAGGCUCGUGGUACGCGAUGUCUGGCUAUGGAUUAGCGUUUACGCGAAAUUCUAAAUAUCUGAGCAUGUUUAAUAAGAGGUUACUUGAUUUACGCUCCAAUGGUGACCUAGAGCGGUUACGCAGGUACUGGAUGACGGGCACGUGUAAGCCGAACAAACAGGAGCACAAAUCGUCAGAUCCGUUAGCACUAGAGCAGUUCUUAUCUGCGUUUCUGCUGCUGAUGGCUGGCAUCCUGCUAGCGGCGCUGCUGUUGCUGCUCGAGCACGUAUACUUUCGCUAUAUGCGGGAGCAUCUCGCGGCCUCCAGCGCCAGCUCAUGCUGUGCUCUCGUAUCAUUAUCAAUGGGACAAUCAUUAACAUUCCAUGGUGCCGUCGUGGAAGCGGCGGCGCGAGGUUUUGGUCCCGGUAAACGUGGUCACUGCCGCUCUGCCAUCUGUGCCGCUCAGGUAUGGCGCGCACGACAUGAGCGUGAUGCGGCAGUAGCACGCGCGCGGCAAUUGGCAGCGGCGCUGGCGGCGCACGGGCUGCAGCCGCCGCCGCGCAGGCUAGCCUCGGCUGCCGCACUGCUAGCCGCGGGCCGACCACACGAUACCACGCGGCCGCGGACGCUACACGCGCCCGCCGAUCUACUGCCCGAUCUCGACCGCCCGCUCUCCUGCGGGGACCUCCGCGCCAGGGAGCGAACGCGGGUCGAAAUGGAAACAGUGCUGUGAGGCGCAUAUUGCGCCACUUUUUUUCAAUUUCUGAAGGCUGUUCUUACACCAAGUUAUACAAGACGAAGUUAGGUAUAUCUAAUGUUAAAAUAUGGACAGAUAAAAAAACGUUGUAAUUAUUAAAUAAAUUAUUCCAAUUAUUAAAACAGAGAGAUGGACGUAGAUAGCGAAGCGUUGUUGUGGGAAGCGCGCGCGGGGCAGGCUGGGCGCCGGGCGCGCAUCCUCGUGUUGUCUACUACAAUAAAAUAUAUUUUUUGGACAAUA